AUGCCCCAACAACAACGCGCCAAAAUCCGCAUCUACCUCGACUGCAACUCGCCCUGGUCCUACUUCGCCUACACCAAACUGCGGCGCGACCGACCGCUCCUCUCCCAACACGGCGUGGACGUGGAAAUCAACCCGAUCUUCCUCGGCGGGAUCAACGUCGGCAGCGGGAAUAAACCGCCCUGGACGCUGCCGGCGAAGGCGAGGUUGGGGGGGUUUGAUUUGCCGAGGGCGAUAAAAUACUUCCAAGUCGACCCCCUGACCUCCCCGCCUUUCUUCCCGAUCAUGUCCCUCCUCCCCAUGCGAUGUCUGCUCUACGCCAAGGAGAACCUCCCCUACGAGCAGUACGAGAACGCCUUUGGGGAUCUGUGGCAUUUUUUGUGGAGGGAGCACAAGGAUGUUAGCAAGCCGGAGGUGCUGGCGGAGUGUUUGGGACGGCAUUUUGGGAGAGAGGAUGUGGAGAGGAUCAUCAAAGCCGGCACCGACCCGAAAUACAAGAAGAUGCUCACGGACGAGACGGCCAUGUUGGUGGAGAAGGGCGCCUUUGGAGCGCCGUGGUGGUUGGUGACGAAUAAGGAGGGCGUGGAGGAGCCGUUCUUUGGGAGUGAUAGAUUUCACUUCGUGUAUCAGUUCCUCGGGGUGCCGUUUCAGGAUAUCGAGAUUUUGCCGCCGGGGUCGUCGAAGUUGUAG